GCUGUUUAAGCAGUUUCUUACAGGGACCCUGGUCGGUUAGGCGCAGUUAGAUUGUAACAGGUUUAGGUGAUAUUUAUAUUGACAUUAGAAUGAUGUCAUAAUACAACAACAUCAUUGUUUUGAUAUUUGGGAUUGUAAAAGGUAAAUGAAUUCACCGGGCUGUGUGUUUGUUUAUUGUUUAUCUGUCGGCGAGUCAUUUAACUGCACUCCUAAAAGUGAAAGUAAAACUUGACGGAGGAGGAAACGAGACUGUAGCAAGGAACCUCCAGUUCAAGAGCUUGACCCAUUAGAGUCUCUGUGGCAGUUCUAGGAUUCAAGCUAAUCUCUUGGCUCAUGAUGGUAGACCCAGCUUCAGGCUCCUUGUGGCCUGCAUAUGGAGCUCUUCUUUUCCUGGACCUGCUCCUCUGGCUCACUUUGUGGACCUCACUUCUGUGCUCUGAAGGUGUUUUCCUCAUGAACCUGACAUGGCUGUGGGUUUUCAGGGCUUUCAGCUGGGUUCUGCUUCACACGGUCAGUUCGGCAACCCUGAACAAGACCAUACACAAUCUUCUGAAGCCUUGGGUAGCGUUAGUGUGUUUUGUACCUCCUGUAUAUGAUAUGGUGCAAACGUUAGUUCUGAGAAAAGGGUGUGGGUUUAGUCCAGUGCCUUUGCCUCUCAUGGUGGCUUUAAGUGCAGUGACAGGCACUCUGAUCCAUCUGAUGUGGGACAAGGCAUUCCCUAUUAAAAAGGUGAAGAAAGAGCAAGAGGCCAAGGUCCUCCUGAUGAGAGUGAUUCGCUACUCGAAACCAGACUACCUUCAUCUGGCAGCUGCCUUUUUCUUCCUCAUCUUAGCUGCAUUAUUUGAAUCAAGAAUUCCAUACUAUAUGGGGAAAAUCAUGGAUGGUUUGAGUGGAGAGUACAAGCACGAGAGCUUCUUGUGGGCCAUUGCCUGCUUGUCGUUGUACUCUUUUGGAAGCUCUAUGUUUACUGGCUUGAGAGGAGGCAUGUUUAUGUGUAGCCUCGGCAGACUAAACAAGAGAAUUCGACACAUGCUAUUUCAGAACCUGCUGAAACAGGACAUAAUCUUCUUUGAAGAAAAUAAACCAGGAAGCUUGACAUCGCGGCUGGUCUCGGACACCGAUAAAAUGGGUCGCUCUGUAGCCAUGAAUGUGAAUGUGCUCGUGAGGAGUCUGGUUAAAACGUGCGGCAUGCUCGUGCAGAUGCUCAGCCUGUCCUGGCAGCUCACACUCCUUACCUUUGUGGAGAUGCCUCUCCUCGCUGUGCUACAAAACUAUUACAAUAUUCACUACCAGAAAAGAUCAAGGGAGCUGCAGAACUGCAUGGCUGAAAUCGAGCAGCUGGCAUUGUCUGUUAUCAGGUCUGUGAAGACGGUACGCAGCUUCAGGGCUGAGGCUCAGGAGCUGAAGAAAUACCAGGAGGCUUUGGAUAAGAAACGUCAGAUACUGAAACGCAAGGGCAUUUUCAGUGCAAUCCACCUCCUUCUGCGCAGAUGUUUAACGUUAGGCCUGAGGGUGUCCAUGCUGCUCCUCAGUCACCAUCUCAUCUCCUCGGGUCAGCUAAGCACCGGGAGUCUUCUGGCUUUUGUGCUGUAUCAAAAAGACAUGUCGUUAAACAUGAGGCAAUUGGUGCAUGUUUACGGAGACAUUCUGAACACGGUAUGGUCAGCAGAGAAGGUGUUUACGCUGCUAGAUAGAAAACCCAACAUGCAAGAAGCAGGAGAUUGGGUACCUGAGAAUCUGGAAGGAAGAAUCACCUUAAAUAAUAUCACCCUGUCCUACCCUUCCCGUCCUGAAAGCGAAGCACUUAAGUCUGUGAGCAUAGAGCUGAGUCCUGGGAAGAUGACAGCAUUGGUCGGCCCCUCCGGUGGAGGUAAAACUUCCUGUGUCAGUCUUCUCCAGAGAUUUUAUGAGCCUCAGCAGGGCAAAGUGCUACUGGACAACAAACCACUUCAUGAGUACCAACACCAGUACCUGUGCCGCCAGAUGGCAGCCGUGUCCCAGAACCCAGUGCUGUUCUCUGGCUCCGUGAAAUACAACAUUGCGUAUGGCCUUCGUGAUUACGACAUAGAGCAGGUGAAGGAAGCUGCGAAGAAAGCCAACGCUCAUGACUUUAUAUGCAGAUUGGACGAAGGCUAUGACACAGAUGUUGGAGAGUCUGGGAAAAGGCUAUCCUCAGGACAGAAGCAGUGUAUUGCUAUAGCCAGAGUGUUGAUCAGAAAUCCAAAAAUCCUCAUUCUGGAUGAAGCUACGAGCAAGUUGGACAUCAACACUCAGCACGCGGUUCAGGAAGUCCUCUCUGGCUUAAAAGGUCAGACACUGCUGGUGGUCGCUCAUCGUCUGCAGACUAUCGAGAGAGCUGACCAUAUCAUCUACAUGCAAGGUGGGAUGGUCAUGGAGCAAGGAACACACGAGCAGCUCAUGGCCAAAAGAGGAAGUUAUUUCCAUCUUAGGGAAAAACUGUUUACAGAGGAUUCAGACCAAGACUGAACGGAUUCAUUAGCAUCAAGCGUGAAUUUAAAGUAUCAACUAUAUGUGGAAGUACGGAGAUCAACAUUGUAUUAUAUUAUACUACGGAGACCUUUAUCCCUAAACCCAGCUUUCGAGGACAGUUGGUUUACACGAUAUAACAGAUUUUUUUUUCCUGGGUAGUAAAGUGUUAUUUUCUAAUUGGUUUUUGAAUCAGGAGUAUAGAAAAUGGCUAAAAGUUCCUUCAAACUUCACUUUUGUGUCCAGCACAGUGGUGAUUUUUCUCGUACACAUAAAGUCAGACAAAAUAUGAAUUAAAAAAAAUAAUAGUAAUACCACUAAAGUACCUUAAGUUUUAAAAUCUGUUUCCUCAAUAUUGAGGACACUCGAUGCUGUAAUUUUGCUGCUUAAUGUCUAAAAACCACUAGUGUUGCUGGUAGGAUUUCCAUAACCAUAUGUUCUUCUGCUAGCUGGCAAAAGACCUCUUGAACGACUCGAUGUCUUCGUUUUCAGUACUAAAAGUCAUAUUGUUCUCAAGGAUUAAUACACGAAUAUAUAAGCGAUGAUUAAUGUUUACUGCAAAGACUUAAAAAGAGAUGAAUUUAUGAUUGGUCUACCAAGCUUCAAGUCUGUUACCAUUAAUAAGUCAGAAAACAUCAGCAUGCGUGCUUUUGUUUCUUUAAGACUCAGGGUCGAGGGAUGUCGCGUCUCUUAGCGACAGCUCUGCAUUUAAACGUGCGACUGGUUUAAGAACACAAAAUGGGUAUGUACUUCAGCUUAAACGUUACAGGAAGCUCAUCACAUUUAUACAUUUUUCUUCAAGACUAUAACAAGGUUUAUAGGUUUUAAGGUGCAAACAACGUUUGAUAAAUAUUUGUGUUAGCUUGUUAUACACACACAUUAUAAAUACACACACACAUACACACACACAUAUAUAUAUGUAUAUAUAUACACACACACA